AUGGCAGAUUACCUGCAAGGUCUCAUUGCUGAUGCCUGCAAGGCCUCUGGUCCUGAUCCAGCGUUGAACCGAGAGAUCUGCGUCCUUAUUAACGAGAAGCAAGGAUCCUUUCCAAGAGUAGCUGCUGUGGGGAUAGUGCGUUAUGUCAAUAGCAAGAACAAAGCCGAAGCACUACUUGCUUUAACGCUCCUCGACCUUUGCGUGAAAAAAUGUGGAUAUCCCUUCCAAUUGCAGAUUGCCAGUAAAGAAUUCCUGAAUGCACUUGUACAAAUGUUUCCAGCAACUGCACGAAAAUCAAAGACGACCGAUUGGGCGCAUUUUGACUCGGUUAUUCAUGGAUACGCGGGAGAGGAUCCUGUGAUGGAACGGAUAUUGUACAUGAUCAGAGAAUGGAAGAUUGCUUUGGUGGAUCGGCUUGGAUAUCGCGAUGACUUUGCUAAUAUCAACAGCAUGUAUCGGUUAUUACGGCAAAGAGGAUAUCAAUUUCCCGAGAUACGAGAAUCUUCCAUUUCAGCAUUGACAUCCAACUCGGUGUUGAGAACUCCGGAAGAACUAGAGGAACAAGAUCGAGUGCGAUUAUCAGCUAAAUUACAAGAACACAUCCGACGAGGAACAAAGGAGGACUUGAAGCUUGCAGAUGUCAUAAUGAAGUUGUUAACAGGAUAUGAACAACGAGAUAAGCCAGAUUACAAGCAAAAGUUUGCUGAUCAGAUCCGAGGCAUCCGUAGCAAGGCUAUUGUGCUCUAUGAAUUGCUUGAGAGUAUGCGACCUGGUGAAUCAAUUGAUCGGUCCAUGAAGGAUCUGCAUUAUGUAUGUCACCAAGCGUAUGAAAAGGUCAAGGAAGUGAUUGAAAAUGAAAGUACCGAUGAGAUGGAUGCUGUCAUUCCUUUAUCUUCCUUGUUGGAUAAGGUGCUCUCCAAAUACUCGGAUGUGGAAAAAGGCAACUUUGAUACACAAUAUGAUAUCCAGGCAUUGACAUCAACACAAACCACUACUUCACCACCACCGCCACCUGUAUCAUCUACUCCAACACCACCCGUCGACAACUUGAUUGAUCUCGACGAUGACGACACUUCAGGUCAUAUUCGGCUUGAUACUGAUUCCCCAUCAUCAUCUACUACACACGACAGCCCUUGGCAAUCACCCACUACAACUACUAAUACUAUUGCCCCUUCUACUCCUCCUGCUGGACAAGAGCAAGAUACAUUUUUGAUACAUGACAAGAAUGGUCUCAAAGUACAUUUACAAAUUUAUGAGCGCGUGGUCUCCCUUAUCAAGCUACGAUUUUUCUUUUCAAACGAUUCUACCGCCCCUAUGGAGGAUCUGGAACUUCAAGUAGCAACUCCCAAGAGCAUGCAAAUCAAGAUGGGAAGUAUUUCUGGAUCCGUGAUUCCUCCAAAGUCAACGCGUGCCGUUUUCCAGUGGGUAGCUGUGAACAAUCCACAACAGGAACCACUAAGGCUACGCUUCCGGCUAACGUACGAUCAAUUUGGUACCAAGAUGGAACAAGCAGGACAAUACAAUGUAAUAAACACGAGCGAUGUCAGCUAUGUUUAA